AUGUCGCCUAUCAAGACGGCGCUGAUUACUGGCUCCACAGAUCCAAAAGCUCUAGGUUUUACCGCUGCGCUUGUCUUGGCCAAGUCGCACAACUUCAACGUCAUUCUAUCGGGCCGCAAGAAGCCGGCAGUGGAGGAAGCCGUCCAGCUACUUCGCACAAAGCUCUCUGAGAACGCCGCUGCUGGUCGAUGUAGCUGUAGGGUGGAAGGCCUCGUGCUCGAUGUCACCUCGGCGGAGUCGAUCAAAAAUGCCCUUGCAGUGCUUCACAGCAGCGAUGGACCUCUCGGCGGAGACCCACUUGACGUGCUUAUCAACAAUGCAGGCGUAGGAGCCCCUCCUGGCGUGGCUGGCAAGGGCACUGCUACCAUGUUUUUAGCGACCGAAGACACCAGGGCCGUCGAUGUUGCUACUGUGAUGAACACAAAUGUUGGCGCAGUUGUCGAAGUGACAAAUGCUUUGAUCCCUUUUCUGUCGAGGUCGGACGCUCCGAGGAUAGUAAACGUGGGGUCUGCUCGUGGCUCUAUGAGCUUCGCUUCUGGUCUACCAGCACAGCGAACUGGAGCACUCGUGUACAAUGCAUCCAAAGCUGCAUUGAACAUGGUCACGAUUAUGCAAGCCAAGAAUCUUCCGGCUGUCAUCAAGCCCAACCUCAAAGUGAACGCCGCAGCGCCUGGUCACGUUUCCACGCCGUUCAACAGCUUCACAGGAAAUAGGACCUUGGAAGCGGGGGCAGGCGUCUACGUGCAUCUCGCAACGCUUCCAGAAGAUGGCCCGACUGGCCAGCUCAUUGGGGACCACGCGCCCUUUUCAAGCGAUGGGCAUUUCGUGCAACUACCCUGGUGA